AUGACUACAGGGUCAUUGGGUCUUCGAUCUUCGGGAAGUUAUGGGUCAUUGCAACAGCAGCAAUUUCAGAGUAGUUUAUUAUUAUCUCCAAUCCAAACUACGCCUCCACCUCUGGUGCCAAGAAAGCCUGCCAAGAUGAUUAAGGAAAAGGACAAAUUGUUUCAUUGGAUCUGCAAAUUCGCUCCCCGGAAGAAGGUUGGAAUGCUGCUCUUGUGUCUUGUUUCCACUGCUGUUUUCGUCUGGGUUCUAUAUGUUGGAAAAGGUGAAGAUUCACAAGAACCUAUUUUGUCUAAUAUGAGUAUUAAAUCCCCAUUGAUGUCUGGGGAGAAAGAUGGUCUUACUGCUGCUUUUACUUCUAACGUAAACAAUGUUGUGGGAAAUGCAAAUGUAGACCUGCUACCUCUGCCUCCAAAUCCGCCGCCUCCUGUAUAUUUUACAGGAUAUAUUCUUCCUCCUGGGAAUCCAUGUGAGGGUUUUACAUUGCCUCCGCCACCAGCAGAUAGAAAGAGGACUGGACCACGUCCAUGUCCAGUUUGCUACCUUCCUUUGGAACAAGCUAUUUCCCUAAUGCCAACUACACCAUCCUUUUCUCCUGUGCUGAAGAAUUUGACAUAUAUUUAUGAAGAGAAUUUAACUAGAACCGAGUUCGGAGGCUCUGAAUUCGGUGGAUAUCCUUCACUGAGACAGAGAAGUGAUUCAUAUGAUAUAAGAGAGUCCAUGGGCGUGCAUUGUGGGUUUGUUAGAGGAGCAAAACCUGGCCGCCAGACAGGUUUUGACAUUAAUGAUUCCGACCUUCUUGAGAUGGAAACUUGUCAAGGGGUAGUUGUUGCAUCCGCAAUUUUUGGGGCAUUUGAUUUAAUACGACAACCAAAGAACAUUAGUAUGUAUGCCAUAAAAAAUGUCUGCUUCCAUAUGUUUGUGGAUGAGGAAACGGAAGCAUUUUUAAUCAAUUCUAAUGAGCUGGAUGGUAGCAAGAAAAUUGGGUUAUGGAGAAUAGUAGUUGUUCGCAACCUACCUUACUCUGAUCCGAGGCGGAAUGGAAAGGUUCCCAAGCUUCUACUUCAUAGGCUUUUCCCUAAUGCCCGAUACUCACUGUGGGUUGAUGCAAAACUUGAGCUGGUUGUGGAUCCAUAUCAGAUUCUCGAAAGGUUCUUGUGGAGGAAAAAUGUUAGCUUUGCAAUUUCGAGGCAUUAUAAGCGUUUUGACGUUUUUGUAGAAGCAGAAGCUAACAAGGCCGCUGGGAAGUAUGAAAAUGCCUCCAUUGACUUCCAGAUUGAUUUCUAUAAAAAGGAGGGUUUAACCCCAUUUUCUGCCAAUAAAUUUCCUAUUACAAGUGAUGUUCCUGAAGGAUGUGUUAUAAUAAGGGAGCACAUUCCAAUCUCCAACCUCUUCACCUGUCUUUGGUUUAACGAAGUGGAUCGUUUUACUUCCAGAGACCAGAUUAGUUUUUCGACUGUUAGGGACAAGAUUGCAUCAAAGACAAAUUACACUAUCAAUAUGUUCUUGGAUUGUGAAAGGCGUAAUUUCGUGGUGCAGGGGUACCACAGAGAUUUGCUUGAGAACUGGGCUCCCCCUCCUCCAGACGCUGUUGUUCUCGUUCAUCCCCCACCCCCAGUUAUCGAUGAAAAACUGAACUCCCCACCCGGGACUUAUACUGACAAUAUUGUAAGUAGUCCAAUCAAGAAGGUUCCCACAAAGCGUGGGAGAGACCGGAAAUCGAGGCGUCACCGGAAAGUCAAUGCCGGCAGCAAGGGUAUCACUGCAACUUAA